GACUAUUAGUAAGAAAUACUUGAAUCUGGCGUAUCUGUCGUCUGUGAUUUCCGCUGAACUGUGCUCAACGUGUGGCCGCUGUCGUUCAUCGUGCGUGAUGCAGUUUCACGACGACAAAUGAAUACAACAGUGAAUCAGAAAAGGACAACAGACCUUUGAACGAGAAAUGUUGUGGUAGCUUACCGUGUGCGGGAAAAAGGCUUUCUUCAGAGUUAAGAAAUCACCCUGGUAGUAAAGGUAGCAAGUAGCGAGGCGCCAUGGCAGCUACCUUCCCCUACAGAGGGGUCCCUGCAGGGAUGCCUCCAGGUGUACCCCCUCCUGCGCCGGUCCCAGAUUUCAUGUCGGAGGAAAAGCUCCAAGAGAAAGCAAGAAAAUGGCAGCAGCUGCAGGCAAAGCGCUACUCAGAAAAGAGAAAGUUUGGCUUUGUGGAUGCUCAGAAGGAAGACAUGCCACCUGAGCAUGUUCGCAAGAUCAUUAGGGACCAUGGAGACAUGACCAAUAGAAAGUUUCGCCAUGACAAGAGAGUGUACCUUGGUGCCCUCAAGUACAUGCCCCAUGCAGUUCUGAAGCUGCUGGAAAACAUGCCUAUGCCCUGGGAACAGAUCCGAGAUGUGCCUGUCCUCUACCACAUUACUGGAGCCAUUUCCUUUGUGAAUGAAAUCCCCUGGGUCAUAGAGCCGGUCUACAUUGCGCAGUGGGGCACCAUGUGGAUCAUGAUGCGUCGUGAAAAGCGUGAUCGUAGGCACUUCAAGAGGAUGCGCUUUCCACCAUUUGAUGAUGAGGAGCCUCCACUGGAUUAUGCUGACAACAUUCUUGAUGUGGAACCAUUGGAGGCCAUCCAGAUGGAGCUGGACCCUGAGGAGGACUCUUCAUGUGUGGAGUGGUUCUAUGAGCACCAGCCCCUCAAAGACACUGCCAAGUUUGUGAACGGCACCACCUACCGUCGCUGGCAGUUCACCCUGCCAAUGAUGUCUACACUGUACCGCUUGGCCAAUCAGCUGCUGACAGACCUGGUGGAUUUUAAUUACUUUUAUUUGUUUGACCUCAAGGCCUUCUUCACUUCGAAGGCCUUAAAUAUGGCCAUUCCCGGUGGACCAAAAUUUGAGCCUCUGGUUCGGGACAUCAAUCUCCAAGAUGAAGACUGGAAUGAGUUCAACGACAUCAACAAGAUCAUCAUCCGACAGCCUAUCAGGACUGAGUACAAAAUCGCCUUCCCCUACCUGUACAACAACUUGCCACACCAUGUCCACCUCACCUGGUAUCACACACCAAACGUGGUGUUCAUCAAGACAGAGGAUCCAGAUCUCCCUGCAUUCUACUUCGAUCCGCUGAUCAACCCCAUCUCACACAGACAUUCUGUCAAAAGUCAGGAGCCUCUGCCAGAUGAUGAUGAGGAGUUUGAGCUUCCUGAGUAUGUAGAGCCCUUCCUCAAGGAAACCCCACUCUACACAGACAACACAGCCAAUGGCAUUGCUUUGCUGUGGGCGCCAAGACCCUUCAAUCUCCGGUCUGGACGCACAAGACGUGCCAUUGAUAUCCCCCUCAUCAAAAACUGGUACCGUGAGCACUGCCCUGCAGGACAGCCAGUGAAAGUGAGAGUGUCAUACCAGAAACUGCUGAAGUACUAUGUGCUCAAUGCUCUCAAACACAGACCGCCCAAAGCCCAGAAGAAGAGGUAUCUGUUCCGCUCCUUCAAAGCAACCAAGUUCUUUCAGUCCACCAAGCUGGAUUGGGUAGAGGUGGGUCUUCAGGUUUGCCGACAGGGCUACAACAUGCUCAAUUUGCUCAUCCACCGCAAGAACCUCAACUACCUGCAUCUCGACUACAACUUCAACCUGAAGCCUGUCAAGACUCUGACUACCAAGGAGAGAAAGAAGUCUCGAUUCGGCAAUGCCUUUCAUCUGUGCAGAGAGGUGCUGCGUCUCAGCAAGCUGGUGGUGGACAGCCACGUGCAGUACAGACUGGGAAAUGUGGAUGCUUUCCAGUUGGCUGAUGGGCUGCAGUACAUCUUCGCUCAUGUGGGUCAGCUGACAGGCAUGUAUCGCUACAAGUACAAGUUGAUGAGACAAAUCCGGAUGUGCAAAGAUCUGAAGCAUUUGAUCUACUACCGGUUCAACACUGGUCCGGUGGGUAAGGGUCCAGGCUGUGGCUUCUGGGCUCCUGGCUGGAGAGUGUGGCUGUUCUUCAUGAGGGGCAUCACUCCACUGUUGGAGAGGUGGCUGGGGAAUCUGCUGGCCAGGCAAUUUGAAGGACGGCACUCCAAGGGUGUAGCAAAGACUGUGACCAAACAGCGUGUGGAGUCUCACUUUGACCUGGAGCUGCGUGCUGCUGUGAUGCAUGACAUCUUGGACAUGAUGCCUGAGGGAAUCAAACAGAACAAGGCCAGAACCAUCCUGCAGCACCUCAGUGAAUCCUGGAGGUGCUGGAAGGCCAACAUCCCUUGGAAGGUGCCAGGCCUGCCCACUCCCAUCGAGAACAUGAUCUUGCGCUACGUGAAGGCUAAAGCUGACUGGUGGACCAACACUGCCCAUUACAACCGUGAGCGAAUCCGCCGUGGGGCCACUGUGGACAAGACAGUGUGCAAGAAGAACCUGGGGAGACUGACCCGUCUGUACCUGAAAGCUGAGCAGGAGAGACAGCACAACUACCUGAAGGAUGGUCCCUACAUCACAGCUGAAGAGGCAGUAGCCAUCUACACCACCACUGUUCACUGGCUGGAGAGUCGGCGGUUCUCGCCCAUCCCUUUCCCUCCACUGUCCUACAAGCAUGACACCAAGCUGCUCAUCCUGGCCCUGGAGAGGCUCAAGGAGGCAUACAGCGUCAAGUCUCGUUUGAACCAAAGUCAGAGGGAGGAGCUGGGCCUGAUAGAGCAGGCGUAUGACAAUCCUCACGAGGCUUUGUCCAGGAUCAAACGUCACCUGCUCACCCAGAGAGCCUUCAAAGAGGUGGGUAUCGAGUUCAUGGACCUGUACAGUCAUCUGGUGCCCGUGUAUGAUGUAGAGCCCCUGGAGAAGAUCACAGAUGCCUACCUGGACCAGUACCUGUGGUAUGAGGCAGACAAGAGACGUCUCUUCCCACCCUGGAUCAAACCUGCUGACACUGAACCACCACCACUGCUGGUCUACAAGUGGUGCCAAGGCAUCAACAACUUGCAGGAUGUGUGGGAGACUGCAGAGGGAGAGUGCAACGUGAUGCUGGAGUCUCGCUAUGAGAAGAUGUAUGAGAAGAUCGAUCUGACCCUGCUCAACAGGCUGCUGCGUCUUAUUGUUGACCACAACAUUGCUGAUUACAUGACAGCCAAGAACAACGUGGUGAUCAACUACAAGGAUAUGAACCACACCAACUCUUAUGGUAUCAUCAGGGGGCUCCAGUUUGCAUCAUUCAUCGUGCAGUACUAUGGCCUGGUGAUGGACCUGCUGGUGCUGGGCCUGCACCGUGCCAGCGAGAUGGCUGGCCCACCUCAGAUGCCCAACGACUUCCUCAGUUUCCAAGACACGGCCACCGAGAGCGCCCACCCAAUCAGACUGUACUGCCGUUACAUCGACCGCAUCCAUAUCUUCUUCAGGUUCUCUGCUGACGAGGCCAGGGAUCUGAUCCAGAGGUACCUGACAGAGCACCCAGACCCCAACAAUGAGAACAUAGUGGGUUAUAACAACAAGAAGUGCUGGCCCCGUGAUGCCCGCAUGAGACUGAUGAAGCAUGAUGUCAACCUUGGACGUGCUGUGUUCUGGGACAUCAAAAACCGCCUGCCCAGGUCAGUGACUACUGUCCAGUGGGAGAACAGCUUUGUUUCAGUCUACAGCAAGGACAACCCCAACCUGCUUUUCAACAUGUGUGGCUUUGAGUGCCGUAUCUUGCCAAAGUGCCGCACCAGCUAUGAGGAGUUUACUCACAAGGAUGGUGUGUGGAACCUGCAGAAUGAGGUCACCAAAGAGAGGACAGCACAGUGUUUCUUGCGUGUUGACGAUGAGUCAAUGCAGCGCUUCCACAACAGAGUGCGUCAGAUUCUGAUGGCCUCUGGAUCCACCACAUUCACCAAGAUUGUGAACAAAUGGAACACGGCUCUGAUUGGUCUGAUGACGUACUUCCGUGAGGCUGUGGUCAAUACCCAGGAGCUCCUGGACCUGCUGGUGAAGUGUGAGAACAAAAUCCAGACACGUAUCAAGAUUGGUCUCAACUCCAAAAUGCCUAGCCGCUUUCCUCCUGUAGUCUUCUACACUCCCAAAGAGUUGGGUGGCCUUGGCAUGCUGUCCAUGGGCCAUGUGCUUAUUCCACAGUCAGACCUGCGGUGGUCCAAGCAGACAGAUGUGGGCAUCACCCACUUCAGGUCUGGAAUGAGUCAUGAAGAAGACCAGCUGAUCCCUAACUUGUAUCGUUACAUUCAGCCAUGGGAAAGCGAAUUCAUUGACUCCCAGAGAGUUUGGGCUGAGUAUGCCCUGAAGAGACAGGAGGCCAUCGCCCAGAACAGGCGCCUGACCCUGGAAGAUUUGGAAGACUCGUGGGACAGGGGAAUCCCUCGCAUCAACACCCUUUUCCAGAAGGACAGACACACGCUGGCUUAUGACAAAGGCUGGAGAGUCAGGACAGAUUUCAAACAAUACCAGGUGCUGAAGCAGAAUCCAUUCUGGUGGACUCACCAGAGGCACGAUGGCAAGCUGUGGAACCUGAACAACUACCGCACAGACAUGAUCCAGGCUCUGGGAGGCGUCGAGGGCAUCCUGGAACACACACUCUUCAAAGGCACUUAUUUUCCUACCUGGGAGGGUCUCUUCUGGGAAAAGGCCAGUGGUUUUGAGGAAUCCAUGAAGUGGAAGAAGUUGACCAAUGCCCAGAGAUCUGGUUUGAACCAGAUCCCCAACCGUCGCUUCACACUUUGGUGGUCACCCACCAUCAACAGAGCCAAUGUGUACGUGGGUUUCCAGGUGCAACUUGACCUGACAGGAAUCUUUAUGCACGGCAAGAUCCCCACACUGAAGAUCUCCCUCAUUCAGAUCUUCAGAGCUCACUUGUGGCAGAAGAUUCAUGAGAGCAUUGUCAUGGAUCUCUGUCAGGUGUUUGAUCAGGAGCUGGAUGCUCUUGAGAUUGAGACGGUACAGAAGGAGACCAUCCACCCCAGGAAGUCGUACAAGAUGAACUCUUCCUGUGCAGACAUCCUCCUCUUUGCGUCAUACAAGUGGAACGUCUCUCGUCCAUCUCUGCUCGCUGACUCAAAGGAUGUGAUGGACAGCACCACCACACAGAAGUACUGGAUCGACAUUCAGUUGCGCUGGGGUGACUACGACUCGCAUGACAUUGAGCGCUACGCGAGGGCCAAGUUUCUGGACUACACCACUGACAACAUGAGUAUCUACCCCUCUCCCACUGGGGUGCUCAUUGCCAUCGACCUGGCUUACAACCUCCACAGUGGCUACGGUAAUUGGUUCCCUGGAAGCAAGCCUCUGAUCCAACAAGCCAUGGCCAAGAUCAUGAAGGCCAACCCCGCCCUGUACGUGCUGAGGGAGCGCAUCCGCAAAGGUCUGCAGCUGUACUCCUCUGAGCCCACUGAGCCCUACCUGUCCUCUCAGAACUAUGGCGAACUCUUCUCCAACCAGAUCAUCUGGUUUGUAGAUGACACCAAUGUGUACAGAGUCACCAUCCACAAGACCUUUGAAGGUAACUUAACCACAAAGCCCAUCAAUGGAGCCAUUUUCAUCUUCAACCCCAGGACUGGCCAACUCUUCCUCAAGAUCAUUCACACAUCUGUGUGGGCAGGACAGAAACGUCUGGGACAGCUGGCUAAAUGGAAGACAGCUGAAGAAGUGGCUGCCCUGAUUCGCUCCCUCCCUGUUGAAGAGCAGCCAAAACAAAUCAUUGUAACCAGGAAGGGCAUGCUGGAUCCUCUGGAGGUCCACUUGCUCGACUUCCCCAACAUCGUGAUCAAAGGUUCUGAGUUGCAGCUGCCCUUCCAGGCCUGUCUGAAGGUGGAGAAGUUUGGGGACCUGAUCUUGAAGGCUACGGAGCCUCAGAUGGUGCUGUUCAACCUCUAUGACGACUGGCUCAAGACCAUCUCAUCUUAUACAGCCUUCUCCCGACUCAUCCUGAUCCUCAGAGCGCUCCACGUCAACAAUGAUCGCGCCAAAGUGAUCCUGAAACCUGACAAGACAACUAUCACUGAGCCCCAUCACAUCUGGCCCACGCUCACUGACGAGGAGUGGAUCAAGGUGGAAGUGCAACUCAAAGACCUCAUUCUGGCAGAUUAUGGCAAAAAGAACAAUGUGAACGUGGCCUCGCUGACACAGUCUGAGAUCCGUGACAUCAUCCUGGGUAUGGAGAUUUCGGCUCCAUCUCAGCAGCGGCAGCAAAUUGCAGAGAUUGAGAAGCAGACUAAAGAGCAGUCGCAGCUUACGGCCACUCAGACCCGAACUGUCAACAAGCACGGUGACGAGAUCAUCACCUCCACCACCUCCAACUACGAGACCCAGACCUUCUCUUCUAAGACAGAGUGGAGAGUCAGGGCCAUAUCUGCUGCCAACCUCCAUCUCCGAACCAACCACAUCUAUGUGUCAUCUGAUGACAUCAAAGAGACGGGCUACACCUACAUCCUGCCCAAGAACGUCCUCAAGAAGUUCAUUUGCAUCUCAGAUCUGCGAGCACAGAUUGCAGGCUACCUGUAUGGCACCAGUCCACCAGACAACCCCCAAGUGAAGGAGAUCCGGUGCAUUGUCAUGGUGCCGCAGUGGGGAACACACCAGACUGUCCACCUGCCCAACCAGCUCCCUGGUCAUGAAUACCUGAAAGAAAUGGAGCCCUUAGGCUGGAUCCAUACGCAGCCGAAUGAGUCCCCCCAGCUGUCCCCACAGGACGUCACCACCCAUGCCAAGAUCAUGGCUGACAACCCUUCUUGGGAUGGAGAAAAGACCAUCAUCAUCACUUGCAGCUUCACCCCAGGCUCAUGCACGCUUACAGCCUAUAAGCUGACACCAAGCGGCUAUGAGUGGGGCCGGCAGAACACGGACAAGGGCAACAACCCUAAAGGCUAUCUGCCAUCCCACUAUGAAAGAGUGCAGAUGCUGCUCUCUGAUCGCUUCUUGGGCUUCUUCAUGGUGCCUGGACAGGUGUCCUGGAACUACAACUUUAUGGGUGUACGUCACGACCCCAACAUGAAGUAUGACCUGCAGUUGGCCAACCCCAAGGAGUUCUACCAUGAAGUCCACCGGCCCUCGCACUUCCUAAACUUUGCCUCACUGCAGGAGGGGGAGAUCUAUAACGCAGACCGUGAGGACAUGUAUGCCUGAGAGCAGACGUUCUGCACACGUUUUGUAGAUAGCUCUGCAAGUAUCAUGUGGAGCCGAGCCAGUCCAGAGCUGCCCUUGUAAUAUUUCUAUUGAAUACACAUUACUGAUGUUUGGAAAUUAUGUAAAAGCUCUAGGACAUUUUAGGAGUAUGGUUUUUUUUUCUUUGUAUUUUCUACAAAUGUUUUGCUCUGUUCCAUUUUUUGUCUCAUUUAUUAUAGUACGGCUUCUACAUCUAUGUGGAUUUGUGUGUAGUUUAAAAUACACAAUUCAGUGUAAUAUUUGGUAAUUAAUGUUGUUUCAAAAGGGGACUUCUGACUUACUUCCCCUGAGCUCACUGAGAAAUGAAAUUGAAAGUUGUAUUUUCAUGCCAGUAAUGCCCUGCUUAUGUUGUACUGAACAUCUGUGACAAUGUAGCUUGGGUUCAAAUAAAGAUCAUCUUUUUUUAAAUAA